AUGGCGCGGAAAAAUAUUAAAAGGAAAGCUAGAAAGCUCCUCUCAAAACACGUAAGAAGAAAAUGGCAGAAGACGAAGCCGAUGAAAAUAGCCGCUCUUAUCGUAUCAGCGAUACAAGAUCUUCGAGAGACUAAAGGAUCUACAUCUAAGAAGAUUAUAGCUUAUAUUAGAAGUUCUUCUAAUUUGCCUGAAAAACGUGUUAAGAGACAGGUAAAGGCGGCAUUAAGACGUGGCGUAGAAUAUGGAAUUCUACGAAGAUAUCGAGGACACUAUUUUCUGCCUAUCGGCAACGAGGUGGAUCGAGCGAAUCGAAUAGCAGUUAGAUUUGCCAGACUGCCAUCGCCUCGGAGACCAUCCGCAAAAUCGAGAAACGUUGGCCUUCGCAAAACGCCAGCCACGAGGGAUCGUAAGAAAGGGCGGGGACGAUCCGCUAACAGAAGUGGAAAUAGCGUUGCCGAGGGCAAAAGCCCAAGAAAGUCACGUUCCCUUCCCUUCUCAACGGCAACGACGGCGACGAGCUUCGUGGGAAUACAGGAAGCCGACGACAUUUCUGUCGAAUAA